UCGCUCCGCGCUCCCUUCGCUUCCUUCGCUCGCUCGUUCCCUCCUCCCUCGGCAGCCGCGGCGGCAGCAGAAGGCGGCGGCGGCGGCGGCUGGGGAUAGACAUGGCGGCGGAUCUGAACCUGGAGUGGAUCUGCUCCCUGCCCCGGUCCUGGACUUACGGGAUCACCAGGGGCGGCCGAGUCUUCUUCAUCAACGAGGAGGCCAAGAGCACCACCUGGCUGCACCCCGUCACCGGCGAGGCCGUGGUCACCGGACACCGGCGGCAGAGCACAGAUUUGCCUACUGGCUGGGAAGAAGCAUAUACCUUUGAAGGUGCAAGAUACUAUAUAAACCAUAAUGAAAGGAAAGUGACCUGCAAACAUCCAGUCACGGGACAACCAUCACAGGACAACUGUAUUUUUGUAGUGAAUGAACAGACUGUUGCAACCAUGACAUCUGAAGAAAAGAAGGAACGACCUAUAAGUAUGAUAAAUGAAGCUUCUAACUAUAAUGUGACUUCAGAUUAUGCAGUGCAUCCAAUGAGCCCUGUAGGCAGAACUUCACGAGCUUCAAAAAAAGUUCAUAAUUUUGGAAAGAGGUCAAAUUCAAUUAAAAGGAAUCCUAAUGCACCAGUGGUCAGACGCGGUUGGCUUUAUAAACAGGACAGUACUGGCAUGAAAUUGUGGAAGAAACGCUGGUUUGUGCUUUCUGACCUUUGCCUCUUUUAUUAUAGAGAUGAGAAAGAAGAGGGUAUCCUGGGAAGCAUACUGUUACCUAGUUUUCAGAUAGCUUUGCUUACCUCUGAAGAUCACAUUAAUCGCAAAUAUGCUUUUAAGGCAGCCCAUCCAAACAUGCGGACCUAUUAUUUCUGCACUGAUACAGGAAAGGAAAUGGAGUUGUGGAUGAAAGCCAUGUUAGAUGCUGCCCUAGUACAGACAGAACCUGUGAAAAGAAUUACCUUUAAUUUCCGAGUGGACAAGAUUACAUCAGAACAUGCACCAACUAAAGAAACCAAUAACAUUCCCAACCAUAGAGUGCUAAUUAAACCAGAGAUCCAAAACAAUCAGAAAAACAAGGAAAUGAGCAAAAUUGAAGAAAAAAAGGCACUAGAAGCUGAAAAAUAUGGAUUUCAGAAAGAUGGUCAAGAUAGACCCUUAACAAAAAUUAAUAGCGUAAAGUUGAAUUCUCUGCCUUCUGAGUAUGAGAGUGGGUCAUUCUGCCCUGCUCAAACUGCACACUACAGACCAGUCAACUUAAACAGUUCCGAGAACAAAAUAGUCAAUGUUAGCCUGGCAGAUCUUAGAGGUGGAAAUCACCCCAAUACAGUGCCCUUAUACACAGAGGCUGAUCGAGUCAUACAGAGAACAAAUUCAAUGCAGCAAUUGGAACAGUGGAUUAAAAUCCAGAAGGGGAGGAGUCAUGAAGAAGAAACCAGGGGAGUAAUUUCUUACCAAACAUUACCAAGAAAUAUGCCAAGCCACAGAGCCCAGAUUAUGGCCCGCUACCCUGAAGGCUAUAGAACACUCCCAAGAAACAGCAAGACAAGGCCUGAAAGUAUCUGCAGUGUAACCCCUUCCACUCAUGACAAGAGCUUAGGACCUGGAGCAGAAGAGAAACGGAGGUCCAUGAGAGAUGACACAAUGUGGCAGCUCUACGAGUGGCAGCAGCGUCAGUUUUACAAUAAACAGAGCACCCUCCCUCGACACAGUUCUUUGAGUAGUCCCAAAACCAUGGUUAAUAUUUCUGACCAGACAAUGCACUCUAUUCCCACAUCACCUUCCCACGGGUCAAUAGCUGCUUAUCAGGGAUACUCCCCUCAACGAACUUACAGAUCGGAAGUAUCUUCACCAAUUCAGAGAGGAGAUGUGACAAUAGACCGCAGACACAGGGCCCACCAUCCUAAGCAUGUCUAUGUGCCUGACAGAAGGUCAGUGCCAGCUGGCCUGACUUUACAGUCUGUUAGUCCCCAGAGCCUCCAAGGGAAAACGCCAGAGGAGCUUACACUGCUGCUAAUAAAGCUGAGACGGCAACAAGCCGAACUGAGUAGUAUCCGGGAGCAUACGUUAGCACAGCUCAUGCAGCUAAAGCUUGAGGCCCACAGCCCAAAGAAUGAAAUUCUUUCACAUCAUCUCCAAAGGAACACCAUAUAUUUGGAUCAUCAGAUGAAAGAAAAUGAACCUAUUAUCACCAUGGUUCACACAAUGAUUGAGAACUCGGCGCUAAGACCCCAACUGUACCAGCAAUUCUUAAGACAGAAGAACAAGAUAAGUCUAUAUUGUCUGUCACAAGAUGAAGGUAGAGGCACAUUAUACAAAUACAGACCUGAAGAAGUAGAUAUUGAUGAAUUGGAACGAGCAUGGAGAGAAUAUGAUAAGUUAGAAUACGACGUGACUGUUACCAGGAACCAGAUGCAAGAGCAGCUAGAUCACCUUGGUGAAGUUCAGACGGAAUCAGCAGGAAUUCAGCGAGCACAGAUUCAGAAAGAACUUUGGCGAAUUCAAGAUGUCAUGGAAGGACUGAGUAAACACAAGCAGCAAAGAGGUGCUACAGAAAUAGGCAUGAUAGGAUCAAAGCCUUUCUCAACAGUUAAGUACAAAAAUGAGGGUCCAGAUUAUAGACUCUACAAGAGUGAACCAGAGUUAACAACAGUGGCAGAAGUUGAUGAAUCUAAUGGAGAAGAAAAACCAGAACCUGUUUCAGAGAUAGAAACUUCAGUUGUUAAAGGUUCCCAUUUUCCUGUUGGAGUAGUCCCUCCAAGAACAAAAUCACCAACACCCGAAUCUUCGACAAUAGCUUCAUAUGUAACCCUGAGGAAAACUAAGAAGAUGAUGGAUCUAAGAACGGAAAGACCAAGAAGUGCAGUGGAGCAGCUCUGUUUGGCUGAAAGUACUCGACCUAGGAUGACUGUGGAAGAGCAGAUGGAAAGAAUAAGAAGACAUCAACAAGCGUGCCUGAGGGAAAAGAAAAAAGGAUUAAAUGUUAUCGGUGCUUCAGACCCAUCACCCUUACAAAGCCCUUCAAAUUUAAGGGAUAAUCCAUUUAGGACUUCUCAGAUUCGAAGGAGGGAUGAUAACAUUAAGGAACCGGACACUGUCAUUAGAGAAAAUGAAGUAAAGCCAGACCAUGAAACUCCUGCAGCAGAAAUUGUUCAACUAAAAGAAGAUGAACCCCAAAAUGUGGACUUCAGCAAAGAGUUAAAAAAAACUGAAAAUAUUUCAUAUGAAAUGCUUUUUGAACCUGAGUCAAAUGGAGUAAAUUCUGUGGAAAUGAUGGAUAAAGAAAGAAACAAAGAAAAAAUGCCUGAGGAUGUUACAUACAGCCCUCAAGAUGAGACACAGAUCACGAAUUACCAACCAGAAGACCAUCUUGAAGAAAAUACAAAGAACAAUGUUGACGAACAGGAAGAAACUGUUAUUUCUUACGAAUCAACUCCUGAGGUUUCUAGAGGAAAUCAAACAAUGGCAGUGAAAAGUCUUUCCCCAUCUCCUGAGUCCUCGGCAUCGCCUGUUCCAUCCACUCAGCCACAGCUCACAGAAGGAUCACAUUUCAUGUGUGUGUAGUCUCGGAAGAACUAUACUGAAUUCUGUUGAAACCAUUCAAAGCUAAAGACUUGGACCUUCAGCAGUGUAAGAAGAUAUUGUACAGUAUAUUUUAAAUCUAUGAAAUUCAUAGUUCUGAUGCUUCUGGUCACAGAGCAUCAUUUUAUCACCUCUGGAAAAUGUUUAUUCCAAAACAGCUUUAAUGGCCCAUAUGUACACUCCGUAAUCUCAAGGUUAUUAUUCUGACACCAGCUUGCUGCUAUGAUUUCAGAGCACAUAAGUAAAGGUGCUUUUCAAUGUGCAGUCUAUUGCCAGAGCUUACUUAGUUGCUGAUUUCCAGAUUUCGAUGUUUCUUAAGUCUAGGUGAAUUUAUAUAUUUUUUUUGCUUUUUAGUUUCUAAAGUUAGUUAUUAUUUCCAAUGAAGCUUGUUUUCCUUUUUUUUUCUUCUUCUUCUUCCCAUUUUGGCUACUGCAGUGCUUUUGUUUCACACUUGAUUUGUAAAAAUUUUAUAUAUAUAUAUAUAUAUAUAUAUAUGUUUAAAAUGUGCCAUUUUAUUGCUAAGUGAAGUAUGUCCUGUUUUCUGCUAUAAUUCUUUCUCGGUCAGAUUGCAAUGUCAGCAGUUACUGCCACACUCCUGUCAGCUUAAACACAAAUGUUACCGCUUAUCUUUUCUUAAAAAAAAAAAAAAAAAAAAACAAUUAAAAGUGUAGGUAUUUUGAAGUACUGGGCUUAUACUUCAUUGGAAUACAUGUGUACAGCAAUAAGCAGGUUUUCAAAUCCAGUACUUAGUUUGUGUACAAAUGUAAUUAUGUUCAUUGUGUAUAUAUUAUACAAUGAGCACAUGUAAUGUAUUAAAGGCUACUUACUAUUGUUUAAAUGCAAAUGUUCAUAUUUCAUUUCUUUUUUAUCAUGUUAAAUAAAUGUUGAUGUUCUUAAA